ACCAUCACGAUGCCUCCCAUUUCAGGAUCACAGACACAGCGUCGGAUAAUCGUCUAUCACCAAACAAUAUGUCCGGAUGGCGGUCCAGUUGUCUCAAUGCUUCCGCUGGUCGAGAACAACACGGGAAUCACACAUGUCAUUUUGGCCGCUUUCCACCUGAACGAUACCCCGGGCGAUAUCUCCCUCAACAAUGAUCCGCCAGACCACCCCAGCUACAAUGAGCUCUGGGCAGAAGUACCUCGAAUGAAGGCAAGUGGCGUCAAGAUAAUGGGAUUACUAGGUGGGGCUGCCCAGGGUAGCUUCCGCAAUCUGGACGGCAGCGAGACGCAAUUCGAGCAGUACUAUCAACCGUUUCUGGCGAUGAUUCGACGGUAUCAAUUGGACGGAAUUGAUCUUGAUGUCGAAGAGCAUAUGUCUCUGGAGGGGGCUAUUCGGUUGAUUGAUCGUCUCAAGUCAGACCUGGGAAAUGAGUUUAUUAUCACCCUGGCACCCGUGGCUGCCGCUCUCUUGGGCAUGGGAAACCUAUCCGGCUUUGACUAUCGGCAGCUAGACGCCGCCCGGGGCUCCAAGAUCAGCUGGUACAAUGCACAGUUCUACAAUGGCUGGGGUCCAGCGGACGAUCCUCGAAUGUACGCCGCGAUUAUUGCGCAGGGCUGGUCCCCGCAGCGCGUGGUUUUCGGGCUGUUGACGAACCCGGGUAACGGAUCACAGGGCUACGUGCCACUUGAGACUAUGAACGUUAUUCUGUCCAUGUUAGUUGAGCAAUACCCCAACUUUGGCGGCGUCAUGGGCUGGGAGUAUUUCAAUUCUAUGCCUGGAGGACGCGAGAAGCCGUGGACUUGGGCAGCUGUAAUGGCGCUCAGUAUGAAUAUCAAAGAUGUGGUUUUUGCCGCGCGGCAAAUGGUGGGAGCUGGGUUUCUUUUGAACAUGAUGCGUCCACGUUAAACAGAACAUUUGCAUAAAGUACAUAGCAUGCUUAGAUACCAAUGUGUUUUAUUGGACCCUGCGUCAUCGCCUCAGGCAGGAAUGAAUAUAAAUGUCGUCAUCUCCGCCUUUACAUUUAGACCAUUUGGCAAUGCCAAUUGUACUCCU